UGCUCGUAUGACCACACAUCAAAACAAUAACAUUUGACAUUGUUGAUGUGGACUUUGCUUCAGAAUAACAUUAUUGGAAAUGAGAGAAUAAAACGAUCAGAGGAUGAAUACGGCUCUGAGACACUGGACGGAGGCCGCGACGGUCAUACUAGCUGCUGGUACGAGACAUAAACUCCCUGUAGAUAGUUUGACGAGGUGUGUCGAUAAAGGCACCUCUGCACCUGCGAUCAGUGGGCACUCCAACUUGCCUGACAGGUUAGCCUUCGACUAUGAAGUGUUGUUGUUGAAACGAAGCGGUACGAGUGGUUUCAUGCCGAAUGCUUAUGUCUUUCCCGGAGGUCUGGUGGAUCCGGCAGAUUUCUCAAGUGAAUGGCUUGAUCUAUUUAAAUCUUUUCGGCGCUCACCGAAUUUUGGACUGGGAUUUGUGAAACAGCCGCCGGAGACGAGACCUCCUAUCUUCGCCACUGACAGGAAGAAACUGGGUUCUCCCGUUCCAGGGGACGUCGCAUUUAGAAUCUGUGCAGUGAGGGAAACGUUCGAAGAGUCAGGUGUACUUCUAGUCGUGCCUAAAGAGGAAGAGAGUACUUUACUUAACAGCAUCGAGAACAACAGAUACAGUCAGCCCGAAUUAACCAGAAUAACCGAUCUCUGUGACAAGAGUGAAUUGGCUAAAUGGAGAGUGCUGGUAAACGAGAACCCCUCUAACUUCAUCAGAAUGUGCAGGGAGCUGGAGUGUCUACCAAACAUCUGGGCUCUGCAUGAAUGGGGUAACUGGCUGACCCCUACUGGUGUGUACGGGAACAAGCCUCCAUUUACAUCGCCCGGCUGUAGUGGAGUGGGUCAAGAGAGAGUCAACGGCCUGUAUCUUCAAAACAUGACUCUGGACUAG